GCUACUGUGGACACCAGAGCCGGACGGCCGGGGCACAGCAUGGCCCACCUGCAGGCCCCACUCCUGGCUGCCUUCCUCCUCCUGACUGUGAUACUCCAAGCCACUGAGGCAGGCCCCUUCGGCGCCAACGUGGAGGACAGUGUCUGCUGCCGCGACUACAUCCGCCGUCCUCUGCACCAUCGCCUGGUGAAGAAUUUCUUCUGGACCUCUAACUCUUGCCGGAGACCUGGGGUGGUCUUGCUCACCUACAGGAACCUGGAGAUAUGUGCUGACCCCAGCAAGCCCUGGGUAGAGCGGAUUCUUCAGAGGCUGAGAUAAUGAGGAAGGAUCAUGACUUGAUGAAGGUGGCUGUGGCUCCUCCAGGAAGCUUCACGAAAGAAACUCUACCUGCCUUCCCUACAGCUGCUCCCCCAAAAGCCUGUGCUGUAUCCGGGUGUCCACCUCCACCCAGCCUCUGUACUGGCAUGCUCACCCCUUCAGCCCAUCCUCUCCCCAACCACAGCCAGAAGCUCCACAGUCCUGCUCAAAAUCCCUCCAUGGCUCCCCACUGCCCUAGACUGAGGUCAGAACUCCUGAACCCGGUGACCCCACCCUCUGACUCUAACCCUGGCCCUCUUCCAGCAUCCAGCCUCAGUUCCCUUUCUACAUAUGAGAUCCUAGUACUCUAUUCCCCAAACCCCUGCCAUACUGUCCCCCUUUUGGUUGAUUUUUUUUUUCUUCUUCAGUUUUUCCUAAAUUGUUCCUGAUACUUAGGAUGUGCCUCUGGUCUUCUGCACUUGUCUCGCCUCAUCAGUCUCCCAAAGUAUCACUCAGCCUCAGUAGCCAGUAAUGGAGCUUCAUUGAGUCUGGAACCUCAGAGCCUUAGGCAUGACAGUCUUUUUGCAUAACCAUUAUUCUCUCUCUCUCUUACCACCCUUGGGCCUCUCUUAACAGUCCUGCUCAUAGUCUGCCCAAGAAUUCUUGUGAUCUGGAGACUUGUCCUCUGGUCCUGCUGGCUAGAUGAAGUUCACAGCUGGGCCGUCUUGUCUUUUGAUUUCUGGCACAGAGCAAGCACAGGACUUGGUUUGGAAUCAGGGACUGCAAAGGAGCACAGAGUGAAUCCAUAUUUCCCCACCCCCUUCAGUGAACCUCUCUCUCACACCCUAGGGGCUCUCCCAGUUCAAUAUGGAGACUUGAGAUCAUUAAGAGAGGAGGUGGCUGGGUCCAUUGUGAAACUCUAAAUUUGCCCAGACCAAUCUUUUUCUUCCAUUUUACCUACAUGUGGGAUCUUUUGACUCUUCUUGUUUCCCUUAGAUGUUGUUUUCCUUCUGGGGCUUGGCACCUGUAUGACAAAUCCAUUGCUCCCAGAGGCCAUUUCUUUCCCUUUUCCCCUCUUUCUUUCUCCUCCUCUUUUUUUUUUUUAAAGAGACAGAAAGAAAUCGAGAGGGGAGGGGGAAGUAGAGAGGGAGAGAGAAAAAGAGAGAGGCCUUCAGCACUGCUUCACUUCCUGUGAAGUUUCCCCUUGCAGAUGGGGGCAGGGAGCUUGAACUCAGGUCCUUAAACAUUGUAAUGUGUGCACUCUACUGAGUGUGCUACUGACCACUCCUCCCUUAUAGACUCUUACUGCUCCUCCAAUUCCUGUGUUCAAGUUUGACCCCUUCAGAGUCCCUCACUAGUUCUCCCUCAUCCCCCUCCCCUUUUA